AUAGGCACUUUAUAACAGAGAGAGCAGCUCCUCAUCCACAGAGUCCACCAUGCUGGCACGUUUCUUCAGUAGUCCAGAGCGGAUAAACCAAACACUGCCAGCUUUUGCCAUUUGUUCUUUUACACACUUGGACAGGGAGGUGAGCAGUGUUGUUGUUGUUAACUAGAUUUCACAGAUAGAUGUUACUAAAUCCUCCACACUGGACCCUUAAGUAUAGUACUUAGUAGCAGUAUCAUCAUCAUCCUCAAGCUUUCCUGGAUGUUGUCUUCUGUGUUGCAUUGCUGUGUUCCUCCUGUCGGGGGCGCUGUGGAGCCACCCUCUCCUCUUUCAAAGAGUAGAAAGGAGCUGGUGAAAAAAAAAAAGGCGAACUUGUCUUCAAUUGUCCGAUCCUCACGUCAUGGAAAGAGUUACUUUGUUGCAGCGCGCACAGGAAUAAGCCCGAAAGAAAGCGGUGCUCCGUGCUGAUGUUGAUCCACGGAGGAGGAAACUGCGUGGAUGCUGACCGUGCUCUUUUUGUUUGCUUUAAAGGAUCGCUGAAGAUGCGCAGGGACCUGUUUACAAGCGAAACGCAGCAAGUUUCAGUGUGAGGGAAUGCGGAGCGGGCUCAGGCUGCAAACAGGGAUUACCAUUACUCAUCCCUCUGUUUUUCUUCGCGCCGGGCCACUUUGUCUUGGAAAUAUCUUCAUCAAGGAUCAUUUUUAUUGUCCCUGAAGGAGAAUCAAGUGUUCGAUAAGGGAACAACGCGAGGCCGAGCUCCGGUUUCUGAGGAUUAAAACCACCGUCUGCGCUUUUUGGAGGAGAUCUUUGGUGAAACCAGUUUUGUUGUCUGAACCUGUUGUGUUUGUGAUGUGAACGGAGGUAGAGACUCUGUUAUGAAAGAGUUGAUGUGUUACAGAGCAUUUAUAGCCUGAAGUUUUUUAGGUAGAAUAGACUUUAAGACAACAGAGCUGUAGCCUCAAUGGGCUGAGGAUGCUUGUGGUCACAGUAGGCAUAUUUUAGACUUUUUUCUUUGCGAAUUGAAUGAUAGUUGUGCGCAACCUCUCCUGUGUUUACCAAGUGUCAUAUCAUUAAAUUUACAUCCCGUGCUGUCGCACACCUGAUCCCACAGCUGCCAUGUAAUUUGAGAUGAGUUUAAAUAUUACAGUGAGCUAAGUGUCAAAUGUUUCCAGCACAGCAUGCAUCAAGACAGUAGCAUCCAUAUAAUAAUCUAGGCACAAUGUGCAUGUAGAGUUUGUUGUUGGUUUAGGACCCACUGGAGUAUCAAGAUGUCAGCGAAAGCCAAAGCAAUUUACACUUUUCUAAGUGAGAACAAAGAGGAGAUCAGCAUCCAGGAGAACGAGGAACUGAUUAUCUUUGACGAGAACUCGGUGGACGGCUGGUUUCAGGGGGAGAACAGCCGAGGGGAGAGGGGUCUCUUCCCUGCUUCCUAUGUGGAAAUUAUUCGCACUCGCUCAAACUCUAAUGUGACUGACUGCUCCAUAAGCCCGGCAGGAUCAUUAGGAAAUGACUCCUCCUAUUUCCCCUCAACCCCAAACACCACUCUGCAUUCGCAGCAGAGUUACUAUGAUGACGAUGAUGAUGACUGGGACGACUGGGACGACAGAUCAACAGUGGUGGACGAUGGCGACCACACUAGGAGCCCUGGGGCCAAUGGACAUGCCCAUCAGAGCCCACUAUCCAACAACCCCAACGUGCACUUCCGGUCAAAACCACACAUGGAGAGACAGGACAGCAUCUCCAGCUCGAGGAAAGGCAGUAUGGUGGGCAGGAACUUGAACAGAUUUUCCAGCUUUGUCCGCUCAGGGGUGGAAGCGUUCGUGCUGGGUGAUGUACCCAUGAUGGCAAAGAUAGCUGAGUCAUACACCAUCGAGAUGGGUCCCCUGGGGCCCAAGUGGAUGGAAAGCCCACAGCCUUUCUCCUGCUCCAUCGAAGACCCAACGAAACAGACAAAGUUCAAGGGCAUCAAGACGUACAUUUCAUACCGCGUCACACCGAGCCACACAGCGCAUCCUGUCUACAGGCGCUACAAACACUUUGACUGGCUGUACAACCGCUUACUGCACAAGUUCACUGUGAUCUCUGUGCCUCACCUGCCUGAGAAGCAGGCCACGGGGCGAUUUGAGGAAGACUUCAUUGAGAAGCGCAAGAGACGACUUAUACUGUGGAUGAACCACAUGACCAGUCACCCGGUCCUCUCCCAGUACGAAGGCUUCGAGCACUUUCUGAUGUGUGCUGAUGACAAGCAGUGGAAACUGGGAAAGAGACGGGCAGAGAAGGAUGAGAUGGUGGGCGCCCAUUUCAUGCUGACCCUGCAGAUCCCUAACGAGCACCAGGACCUUCAGGAUGUAGAGGAGCGGAUCGACUCCUUCAAGUCCUUUGCGAAGAAGAUGGAUGACAGCGUGAUGCAGCUCACACAUGUUGCCUCAGAGCUGGUGCGUAAGCACCUGGGUGGGUUUAGGAAGGAGUUUCAGCGGCUGGGGAAUGCCUUCCAGUCUGUAAGCCAGGCGUUCAUGCUGGACCCACCCCACAGCUCAGAGACCUUCAACAACGCCAUCUCCCAUACAGGCCGCACCUAUGAGAACAUUGGGGAGAUGUUUGCAGAGCAACCUAAGUAUGACCUCUUCCAUAUGCUGGACAAGCUGUCGCUCUACCAAGGCCUGCUCGCUAACUUCCCCGACAUUAUUCAUCUACAGAAAGGUGCCUUUGCCAAGGUGAAGGAAAGCCAGCGGAUGAGUGACGAAGGGAAGAUGGACCAGAACGAGGCCGACGGCAUUAGGAAACGCUGCAGGACGGUUGGGUUUGCCCUCCAGGCAGAAAUGAGCCACUUCCAUCAGCAGCGCGAGGUGGACUUCAAAGACAUGAUGCAGGCCUACCUCAGGGAGCAGAUAGCCUUCUACCAACGUGUUGUCCAGCAACUGGAGCGCACCCUGCGCAUGUACGACUGUCUGUAAAAAAAAGAAAAAAAAAAAAGACCCCUGAACUGCUGCUCAGCUCAAGAUGCCAAAAACCAGAGAGGAGAAGGAAAAGGAAAUUCCAAGUCUUGAUCGGUUUGAAAAGACUUGCAUUGAGGUGAAGCAGCAGAGACCGGAAAGACAAAGUCAGUCAGUCCUUUGCUUUGAUGAGUUCAAAGUCAAAUCUUUUGUUUUUUUUAAUGACCUACUGUACGUUUGAUUUCUGAAAUACACAUCACAUAGGCAAUGUCACAGCGUAUUGUUUAUUUUACAUAAUUUAAGGUGUUUGUAACAUUAAAAUAGGAAUAUAGGUUAUAAAUUCAUAGAACGUUGUUUAGCGUAACACGCCAUGAAACGGGUUCUGGUUUGAAAUUGUCCCCUCUCCAUCAUCAUGCACUUUGGCUUCUCCCGGGACUGAUUCAAGUGGAUUCUAAUAUGGAAAUUUAAACAUUCCAGAUGUUUGUUGUUUGUUUGUUUUUUUAGCAUUUUAGGAUUUUUAUUGAAAUCAGUGAUUUUCUCCACAGAUCAUGAAACAUUAGUAUUUCUGGCCAAACAAGUGCUGCAUAGUGAAAUUUCACCAUUAUUUUGUAGAGUGCUCAUCUCGCCUCCAAAUCACUUCAGUUUCUUAGCAAAUGUCUGUCUUCACUUUGCACCAGUACCGUGUAAUAGCAUAAUUUUACUGUUUUUCAUGCAGCAUGUGCCUUUAAGGAUCUGAGGCAUUCUGAUGGAAUGGAAACGUUUUGAAAUGGACCAUUUGUCUGUAGCAUAGCUUGUGUUUUACAGGGACAUUUUCUGGAAUUAAUUAUAUUUAGAGAUAAGUUUGCACAUGUUUUUAUGAACUAUUGGGUCAUAGUGUAUGUUGGGGUGUGUUUAUGAGUGGGCGAGCGAGUGAAAUGAGUCAACUAGUGUGCUGAUCAGAUCCCUUUUCUGUGGUAGCCAGGUAGUAUGAAGAGCAGUCUGACAGUUGAAGUGGAUUAACUGGUUGAGUGAGGCGGAACAUGAACUUGGCACUUCAGUAUUUACAUUAAUUCAUUUAGUUGACAGAAGACUCUUCCUAUUAUCAGAGUUUAAUGUAGACCGGGUCAACAUCUAAUGUCACAAAACCUCAUCAUAUAAUUCAGAUUAUCUCCAUACUGCACCCAUAAUAACUAAAAAAUAGAUUAAUGUUUUGUCAAAUACACUUUCUUGUAUGACGCUCAUGCUCAUGUAUGUCUGUUAAAUAGCAGGCAGUUAGCUUAGCUUAGCAUAAAGACUGGAACCAGAGGGAAACUGGCUCUGCGAUGAUGGGGGGUUAUGACACUGCCCCCGUUUAUAAAGUAGUCCACACAUAACUGUGUGUGUGUAUGAAUUACUAUUACUAUACUACUACUAUACUAUUACUAUGUAUGAAUUAAGCAAACAAAAUUUAAUGUCAGUGAGCUUUAGAGGAUUUUGUUGCCUUUGGACAAAUUCAGGCUAGCGGUUCCCCCAUGUAUUCUAAGCUAAGCUAACCAGGCGUGAGUGUGGUAUCAACCUUCACAUAUCAUUCAGAUUAUCUUCAUACUGUACCCAUAAUAACUUACAGAGGUAGUUUAACAUUUUGUGAAAUAGACUUUUUGAGUUGGAUGAGAAAAUACUUUCCACUCUCAUGUCUGUUAAGCAGCACAUUCACUUAGCAUAGCAUAAAGACAGGAAACAGGGGAAACAGCUAGCCUGGCUCUGACUAAUACUCACUAAUGUUACAAAAAUGUUACAUGACAUUUGUUUAGUCUGUACAACAUCUCUACAUCAAUUUGUGGCUUUGGGGCAGCGGGGGGGUUAUGACCCUGCAACCAUGAAGUAGUCCAGCACAAAACCUCGUGUUGAACCACAUUUUAUCAUCGUUGAUGUAUGGAUGAAACAAACAAAAUGUGUCAAUCGGUGAGCUUUAGAGGUGCUACCCAGCUAGCUGUUCCCCCUGCAUGCUAAGCUAAGCUAAGCUAAGCUAAGCAGGCAUGAGAAUGUUAUCUUUAAUCUUUAAUCUUUUCAUCCGACUCUUCACAAGAAAACAAAUUUGAAUUUUGCCAUGAACUAUUUCUUCAGUAAUAUUAAUAAUGAUAGGCCUACAUAUCGCUUUUGUUCUUAUUUCAGCUGUGAUCACAGUGAAGUGUCACUUUUUUAACAUUUAGUGAACUUCCCACUCUUCUCUUCCGUGUUUGGCUGGGUGUCACUAAUAAGAGUUGUUCCUGUAAUAUUACUCAUCCUGUUUAACGAGAGAAAAAUUUCACAGGAACAGAACAGAAAGUUUAACGAGGCUAUCUUUAGCGUCACAUUAACUUUAGAGGUUUAUGAGCAGUCUGCGUUGCAAUUAUACCUCAAGACAUGCGGGGUAUGUUUGGUUAGAGGGUUUGAUCUCUCGGUGUGUUUGGGCAUGGAUGAAAAGUGAAAUGACAAAUGUUUUUGUGACGUCAGUGCCUGGUGUUUGUGAGUUUUAGAAUUCGAAGUUAGAGCCUCAUUAUGGUGCUUCUGUAACAAAGAAGUGCUGAUUCAGAGAGCAGGUUUCUGGGUAAACAAAUGGCCCCUGUGUGUUUGUGCGUGACUCAGAUAUGAGUGUUGUAUCAGUCACUGGUACUGUUUAGUCCACUUCUGCGGCCUUUAACCCUUUGCUGUCUACAUGUGCUGUUGUUUAUUUUUGAACAAACUUUUCAUACUUCAUUUCUUUUAUCUCAACAUUUGCACUCAUCGCAGUUUUUCUAAGACCAAAGAAGACAUUUUCUACUGGGCUUCCUUUUUUUUUUUUUUUUUGUAGUGAAAUGUGCUCUCUGGUUUUGUAAUUGAAUCUGUUUGAAUCUGAGGAACAUGUGAAGAGAGCAUUUGGAAAACAUUCCACAAAGAAACUCGAAAAGGACACCAAAGGCAAAAAGACAGAUCUUUGGGCAAAAGAAAGAUGUGCAGGGUGCAAAAGGAGAGAGAGUGAAAAACAAUUCAAAGAAGUGCUCGCUGUCCCAAUCAGGUUUCAUAAUGACACUUCCCUCUCAUGUUCCAAAGCUGCGUGAUAAGUUAAGUGCCAGGCAUUUCACACAAGUGACUGUUUCUUAACAUGGAUGUGUGACCUGGUGAGUAACUGUGCUUCAGGUUUCAGUCUCUGAAAAUAACAGAUGGUGAUUUUCAGUAAGUCAUUUGUUACUUGAUUCCACGGAAGGGGACUUAAAAAUCUUAAUAAAAGUAAUGAUGGUGACCG